GCCCUGCCCCCCCCCCCAGACAGAAGCUGGACAUGCAGGUGUCUCACUCUCUGAACCAGUGGCAGUCCUGCCUGAAGUCCAGCCUGCAGCUCAACCAACUGCUGGGCCGACCGCUACCUGAGCCCCCCCCUCUCCAGGCAGUUUUUCCAGGCCUUUUAAGGCAUAGGAUAUUCGCGCACCGCAAUACAACGUGCGGGCUGGCUUGACUGUGUUUUCCGAAGUGGAGGCUGGCUUGACCGCAGUCAUGGGAGGCAGGCAGAGACUGGGAGCUGCUGUGAUGUGAGGAAAGUGAAACUUAAGGGAGGGUUGAGGUGCAGCAGCUCCUAUGAGAGCGGAUCCCCCCCACCGGCUCCUCCGUAACUCUCUGCCCAGGAUGGGAGUCCAAGGCCUGACCACUCUGCUGAAGAAACACCGGAGCAUCUACCGGGAUCGCCGCCUCUCUCACUGCCGGCUGCUGAUCGACGGCAGCAACCUCUACCACUGGCUGUACUUCAACUCAGGUCUGGACCAGAAUCACGGCGGGGAGUAUGCUGCGUUCGCGGCCCUUAUUGAGACGUUUGUUAAAGUGCUCAGAGACUGUCAGAUCACGCCCUACAUAGUGCUGGACGGUGGAUUGGACAUCUCAGAAAAGAAGAAUGAAACCGUGAAGAAAAGAGCAAUGGGUCAUAUCAAACAGGCGAAUCAAGCGGCACAGGGCGGCCAGCGCAAGGACAUCCUACCGAUGCUGGUGAAGCUGGUGUUCCGACAGACGCUGAGGCGGCUGGACGUCCAGGUGGCUCAGUGCUAUGGAGAGACUGACCUGGAGAUCGCCGCCCUGGCCCGGGAGUGGCAGUGCCCGGUGCUUUCCGGAGACAGCGACUUCUACAUCUACGACCUUCCGGAGGGGCUACUGCCCCUCUCAGACUUCCAGUGGGAGGCGGUCGAGCGGAGGGGCUCCAACAGCUACAUCCCCUGCAAGAGCUACAACACCUCCAGCUUCUGCAUCUUCUUUAAAAUCCAGCGCCAGCUCCUGCCCGCCUUCGCCGCCCUGGCUGGGAACGACUGCGUGAAGCCACACCGGCUGCAGGCGGGCGUCAGCUGGAAUCAGUUCGCCCCGGCAGGUGGCGGGAACACGGGCCACAUGGAGGGGCUGCUGUACUGGCUGCAGAACUUCCAGAAGCCUCAGGAGGCCUUCGAGGCGGCGCUGGGGCUGAUGGGAGAACUGAGCCCCAACAAAAAGGCAGAGGUGAUGAAGGGCUUGCAUCUGGGGAUGGAGGACUACCAACUUCCUCCCAGCGCCCUCAAGAAGUUCUUCAUCCAUGGGAUAGCACCUCCAUUCUCCACAGAAGUGGCUGGUGUCCCGGACUGGUCCCGGCUGCCUCUGAUUCAGGCUAGGCUGCCGCCGGUCAUCCUGGACGUGCUGCUGCUGCAGAGGAUGAGCUUCAGCGUCUUUGUGGAUCUCGCCGCCGCACCAAGCGCUCACCUUACCGCCAGGCCGCUGCGGCAGGUGAUGUACGGGCUGCUGCUGGGCGAGGGCAGGGAGGUGAUAGAGCGAGUUAGGGAGGGGCUGCAGCUGAGGCUCAUCCCCGUGAAGACCGCCUCCACAGCAAGCUCUCUGCAGCUCUCACUGCAAACACUGGAUAAGGCGGACGCCUCUCUACGUCUGAAGGUUCUCCUUGAGGCCCUGGGGGUCCCUGAGGCCUACCUGGCCCCCGUGCCUCCCCCCCUGCGCCUCCCUGUGUGUGUCACCUGCUUCUGGCUGCAGAGAGCCCAGCCUCCUGCAGACGAGGAGGUGCUGAAGGCUCUGCUGCUCGGGCUGAGCUCCGGAGACGCCUUCAGGGGAGGUAAAAAAACACACACAUUAAAAGAUAAGCUGGACUUGCAGGUGUCUCACUCUCUGAACCAGUGGCAGUCCUGCUUGAAGUCCAGCCUGCAGCUCAACCAGCUGCUGGGCCUACCGCUACCUGAACCCCCCCUCUCCAGGUUGUUUGAGGGGACAUUGGUUCACCAGCUGGUGCACAGGAUGAGGUACGGGGGAGAGAAGAGGCCUUUCCUGAAGGAGAACCCCUGCAGUGUGAUGCUGUUCGAAGCCAUUCAGGCCGUGGUGCACCAGAUCCCCCCUCAAGAGAGCCACAGGACGGGGGAGGAUCGGCAGAGGCAGCUUCUGGACGACCUGACCUCCACCCUGCAGCAGCUCUUCCCCCUGGAGGAGGAGGAGGAGGAGGAGGAGGAGGAGGCCAGCAGCUCGAGGUGGGUGCAGGAGAAUCUGCGCCUCAGCGAGCUGCUGUCAGUGAAAACUCGUUUCAGAGCGAAACACAGGAAGAACCGGAGCAAGAACCCGGAGCUGGCCCGCAAAGAGGAGCGCCGCGGCCGGGACCUGCUCUGAGCUCAAGGGAGGAAAACAAGCCGGGUUCAUCAGACUCUCGUUAACUUCCCUCACAUCAGUCUGAUACAUAAUAUUUACGUUACUCUGAAACAAGAAGCACUUUCUUUUUUAAAUCUGCACACAUUUUACACCUUUUUGCACAUUUCUUUCUUCGUCUCUUUAUGCCCUCAAAAUUGUAUAAUUUGAAUUAAGGGCAGUGUUUCCCCUAUAUACAAAUAGCGGCGGCGGUAUUAUUUUACCUGAAUAAAUGUACUCAGGUAUAUCAAAUGUCAGACAAUGAAAACAAUAGGAAUACAGCCUGUGACUCAGGUGUGUGUGUGUGUGUGUGAAAAAGUGUUUCCCCUAUAUACAAAUAGCGGCGGCACUUUAAAAAAAAUGUUUUUUUAAAAUAAUAAUAAUUGGAGCCCCUAGCGCUCGUGGCAACUUUGCACGCCACCGAUACGCGGGAAAGCUGUCAAUUUCAGAGCUGAAGGAAAGCUGCCUGACAAGACAGACACCAGCAAGUUGAAGCAGACAGAUAACUUUAUUUAGACACAAUCACCUCAAGAAGAAGAAUUAGGUCAUAAUGACAUAAAUGUAAGGUAUUAUAAUUGAAAAUGUUAUUACAUUUAGAUUAAGUAAAUUAAAGGUGGGGUAGGUAAUUUUGGACACACACGAACGCGC